AUGACUAAUAUUUGGAACGAAGCUCGCGACCGAGUAGAGAGGCGCCGCAAGAAUGGUGAUAAGCGCGAUUCUCUCCUCGAUAAGCUCCUGGAUGAGGAGAUCAAGUGCGAUGUGCCAUUCUCCUACACGGAAUUGAACAACUUCCUCGGGGGUGUCCACAUGGGUGCUUCUGAUACAACAGCCACUGCAACACUCACAUCGAUUCUCUUCCUCACAAAGCAUCCAGAAUUCCAAGAAAAGGCUCGAGUUGAACUUGAUCGUGUGUGUGGGACUGAGCGGGUUCCUAAGUGGACUGAUUUUGAUGACUUGCCAUACAUAAACUGCAUCGUGAAGGAGGGAUUACGAAUCAGGCCAGUUAUUCCAGCUGGCAUCCCCCAUUUUGCCAAGCAAGACCACUGGUAUGAUGGCAUGUUCAUCCCGGCCGGAAGCACCAUUUUUGUCCCUGCGUACGCGCUCAACCAUACCAGUGACUCGUCCUCAGACCUCUCCACUUAUAACCCGGACAAGUUUAUUCCACAAGCGAGUAAGCUCGCACCUGAGCUAGCUGCUGCCUCACGAUAUAAUGAGCGCGACCACUACUCUUACGGUGCUGGACGGCGCAUUUGUGUCGGUCUGCACUUGGCCGAGAGGACGCAGUGGCGUAUCAUUGCCCAAAUCCUGUGGGCAUUCAAGAUUGAGCCAGUUGUGGGAGCAGACGGAAAAGCGAUAGAACUGGACACGAGCUAUGCUGCGUAUGAAGAAGGGUUCUUGCAUUCGCCAAAGGACUAUACCGUGCGGUUUGUGCUUAGGAGUGAGAGACAUGCCGAGGUUUUAAGAAAGGAAUUUGGAGAUGUUGAGGGGUUUCUGCGGCGGUGGGAGUAG